UCAAGUAUUCAACUUUACUUCCUUGCAAACCCUUUGAGAUCUCCUUUCUUUCUUCUUCCUUACAGAGACAAAUAUACAAAUGGGAUUAAGAUUUCCAAGCAUAGUUCAUGCUAAGCAACUAAUUCAGAGACCUUUCUCAAGUUCAAAAGAUGUUCCAAAAGGGUAUUUGGCUGUUUAUGUUGGGGAAAACAAAAUGAAGAGAUUUGUUAUCCCUUUAUCAAUUUUGAACCAGCCAUCAUUCCAAGAGUUGCUAAGUCAAGCUGAAGAAGAAUUCGGAUUCGAUCAUCCAAUGGGAGCUCUUACCAUUCCAUGCCCAGAAGAUGCAUUCAUUGAUCUCAUUUCAAGAUUAAAUGCCUAAUGAUUGGCAUUACACACUGAUUAUAUUGCUGACUAUUUCUAACAAAAAUUAUUGUUACAAUUUUGCAAUAUGGGCAAGCUAUGCCAAUACCAUGUAUAUAUUUUUCC